AUGCCUCAAUGUGUUAAUUUUGAGAAAGAAAACCUGGAGGAUGUGAUCAAGGCAAUGAAGUUGCAUCAUUAUCUUGAGAAGACGGCUGAUGAGGACAUGCAAAGAGUCUUACAUGACUGGCACAUCCAAGGCACCCAGAAACAGGCAGACAACAUGUACAAGGCUUUACUUGAUGAUGGAAAUAGACACGAGGCGUGGUUGCUCUUUCAGAAGCAGUACCAUGAGUCGAGUGUGCACCACAUGGUUGUCCUGUAUACCUGUGUUAUUGAAACCUUCAUCAAUGCUGGCAAGACCAAAGGGUGCUCUGGAGGUGUAGCAGCGCAUGCACUUGCUGCUGACCCCAGCUUCUUCGAAGAUGCAAAGAAAUACUUUCUUGAGAUGAUGGAGAAAGGAAUGCUGCCCAAUACUGCUAUCUACACUGCAGUGUUAGAGGGGUUUGCGAGGCAGGAGGACAAUGCAGCUGGGGAGGAAGGAAAAAAAAGUUUGUGA